GGCAGUGAAAGACUUCCUCUCAAAGCUGUUUAAAUGAGAAUGUCCCUGGCUCAAAGAGUACUACUGACAUGGCUUUUUACAUUACUCUUCCUGAUCAUGCUGGUGCUAAAGCUGGAUGAGAAAGCACCAUGGAACUGGUUCCUCAUUUUUAUUCCAGUCUGGAUAUUUGAUACCAUUCUUCUCGUUAUGUUAAUUGUAAAAAUGGCUGGACGUUGCAAGUCUGGCUUUGACCCUCGCAAUGGCUCCCAAAACAUCAAGAAAAAAACCUGGUAUCUCAUUGCAAUGCUACUUAAGUUAGCCUUCUGCCUUGCCCUCUGUGCUAAACUGCAGCGAUUUACCACGAUGAAACUAGCCUAUGUAUUUAUCCCUUUGUGGGCCUUGCUUAUUGGGGGUAUGAUUGAACUUGGAUAUAAUAUCUUCUAUGUGCGAAGAGACUAAGCUAUACAACGUGGUUUUCAGUGCUGAGAUGGGUACCAAAUUACUGGAUUAUUAUAGUUUUGCCACCAACUUCAUCUCCAAAUUAGAAUGCCAAAUCAAUCAAACUGGAGACUUCAUCUAAAACAGGCUGAAGACUGAAAGUAGACUUGUUCCAUUUUUUUUAUUUUAAAACUGUCACAUAUGCUCUUGUAAAUAAAGGUAUUUGUUCA